GACGACGACAUUCACAUGCGCCCGGCCACUAUGGAAACGUGCGAUUCGCCGUGACACUCGACAACCACCAAGCCGAUUCCACCCUUGCCCUGCCCGCCGUCGCCUCCACCCACCCGUCCGCCAUGAACCCACACAUCUCCCUCCCACGGCCGACGGGCGGGCCCUCCAACUUUGGCUCGACGCCCUCGUCGCGGCGCAGCGAAAUCAAGAUGCCGCGCUUCUUCAAGCGCAUGUUCAAGUUCCCCCAGAUGGACUUUGAGAUGGCCGUCUGGGAGAUCAUGAGCCUCAUCAUUGCGCCCAAGAAGGUGUUUCGCCAGAUCUUCUACCAUAAACAAACCACAAAGACAUACCACCGCCCGGACCCGUCCUUUACCUAUCUGCUCUCCUUCUUCCUCACCCUCACCUCCCUCGCCUGGGGCUUUGCAUACGCCGACGGCUUCACCCAGACGCUCCACAUAAUGCUCGUCUUCAUUUUUGGCCACUUUCUGCUGCUCUCGCUCCUCAUAGCCACGCUCUUCUUCUUCCUCGUAGGCCGCCUGCUGGGCCCAGACAACACGCUGCUACCUGGGCGACGGAGAGGGCUCUACAACCUCGGAGAGGACUCGGGCAAGGAAGAGCUCGAGUUUGGCUACUGCUGGGAUGUUGCCAUUCGAGCCUUUGUGCCCGUCUGGGUAUUCCUCUAUGUUGUGCAGUUUCUCUGCAUGCCUCUAGUAGGCACACACCACUGGUUCUCCCUCCUCCUGUCCAACACGCUCUAUCUGCUCGCCCUAAACUACUACUUUAUCAUCACUUUUCUGGGCUACAAGGAACUGCCCUUUUUGCACCACACUGAGCUUCUGCUCGUACCUGUCGCCGUCACGGCUAUACUGUGGUUCGCCUCUCUCUUCGGCUUCAACAUGUCGACACACUUUGCGCCGGUAUUAUGGACGGGCGCAAAGCUGCGGAAGCAAAUUUAGACGGAUUAGUGCGGACGCGAUGGAUGAGGAACAUGUUGCCAGUAUAUUCACGGCGUACCUAAGGCGCAUAAAAACUAGAGUGU